UCCUAUCACCAAAAAAAGUCAAGUUUAUUAAGGAUCAUAUUAUUUGUCAUAUCUAUUGUCACAAGAAAUGCAUACCUUUCUCUCUAAUGUGCAGGCUGUGCUGGUAUUAAAGAGACACUGAGAAAAAUAAACUCGGUCGGUACAACUCGCAACGUAAGUACUUAUCGGUCGGUAACACAGCGGUAGCAUCGUCGACUGAUGCAGUUAUGUGUGACGUGCGCCGAGGGAAGUGUCAAGUGACUCACAACAUCGAUCACAACAGCAAUAGGGACUUUGUAAAAACCAGUUUGAUUAACAGAUCGUUAAAAUAAUCAACAUUGGCUGGCCAUUUCGACGCAUUAAUUGAGGCUGGAAAGACACAGCGUAUCAUGAUGCCGCUUAUUGGCCUGAGCAACACUUUCAACAAGCUGCUCGAAAAAGCUACGAGCAACUUGAAUCUCGAGCCCGACUGGCCGACUAUCUUGAGCAUUUGCGACCUUAUACGUCAGGGUGACGUUACGCCGAAGAAUGCAUUGGCUGCCAUAAACAAGAAGAUAACUCAUGAUAAUCCGCACACUGCUGGUUUUGGUUUGUUGGUGCUGGAGUCAUGCGUUAAAAACUGUGGAACACUGAUUCACGAUGAGGUCUGUACCAAGCAGUACAUGGAACAGUUGAAGGAUAUAGCCAAGAAUUCUCAGCAGGAAUCUGUUAGGAAUAAAAUAUUGGAGCUCAUUCAAGCCUGGGCUUAUGCUUUUAGAGAGUCUCAAAAAUACAGAGCUGUGCAGGAUACAAUGAGAAUCAUGAAAGCUGAAAACUUUGAUUUCCCUGUUUUGCAAGAAAGUGAUGCAAUGUUUACAGCAGAUAAUGCACCCGAGUGGGUUGAUGGAGAUAAGUGUCAUCGCUGUAGAGUUGCUUUCAAUACUUUCAACAGAAAGCAUCAUUGCCGAGCUUGUGGACAAGUCUUUUGUAAUCAGUGCUCAGGAAAAUUAUCCACUUUACCGAAAUAUGGAAUCGAGAAAGAAGUUCGUGUGUGUAAUACCUGCUAUGAUCAAGUGAACAAACCCACUGUCACCACAACAAAAGAAACUGAUCUUCCUGCAGAAUACCUAGCUAGCUCUUUAGCUCAACAGCAGCAGGUACGCAGCACAAAUGUACCUCCAAGAAAAACUGAUGAAGAGCUGCAGGAGGAAGAGGAAUUGCAGAUGGCCCUGGCGUUGAGUCAGAGUGAGGCUGAACACAAAGAAAAGGAAAAGAAGCGGGUCACGAGUGCUAUUAUAUCGAAUUCAACUGCGUUUGCAAAGAUAAACUACUCCCCGCCGCCGUCUCCUGGCCCCAGUCCAUCGAAAAUUCAGGAAGAAGAGGAAGUCGACCCCGAGCUCGCGAAGUAUUUGAAUAGAGAGUAUUGGGAACAGCGACAAAUUGCUCUGGAGGAGCAGACAUCAAGAUUAAACGUGACUAGCCCAUCCGCGCCUAAUAUCGGUAGCCCAAUGCCACAAAAAGUUAUUGCUAUCAAGCAGCAGAACGGGGAGGUAGAUCCGGAAAUGAGAAAUUUCGUUGACAAUUUGAGAUCGCAAGUCGAGAUUUUUGUCAAUCGUAUGAAGAGCGAUUCGUCCAGAGGAAGAUCGAUCGCUAACGACAGCUCGGUUCAAACUUUGUUCAUGAAUAUAACGGCUAUGCAUUCGAGACUAUUACGCUACAUUCAGGAUCAGGAGGACAAGCGGGUGUAUUACGAAGGUUUGCAGGAUAAAUUGACGCAAAUCAAAGACGCCAGAGGUGCCUUGGAUGCGCUGCGCGAAGAGCACCGCUUGGCAUUGCUGCGCGAAAAGCAAGAGGCCGACAGAAAGAAGCAGAUGCAGAUGGCUCAGAAGCUGGAAAUCAUGCGCAAAAAGAAGCAAGAGUAUUUGCAAUAUCAGCGUCAAUUAGCGCUCAGCAAAAUCCAAGAGCAAGAGCGGGAGAUGCAGAUGCGCCAGGAGCAGCAGAAGCAGCAGUACAAAAUGUCAUCAGGGGCGUACCAGGCCAUCACUGGUUUGAUGGGUCCACCAAAUCAAGGAUCUCCGGUCCGACAAGUGCAAUAUUCAAGUCCCGAAGCCAGCUUCAGUCCCAUAGCGGCGAACCAGCCUCAAUCAAUUUACACAUAUCCCGCCCCGGGGACGUAUUCCGUAGGCUACGUUAUGCAGGGUCCACACGCAAGCCAAUUGGUAGACACGUCGGCGAUUCAAGACCUGAAGCCACCUGUGGAUGGUCAGCCCACCUCGAAUCAAGAAAGCCUUGGCCGUGUAACGGUAUCGGGACCCGGAAUUCAAAUGCCGCCGAUGCCGGUCGUCGGAGGUCAACCAUCGCAGCAGCAGCAGCAGCAGCAGCAACAGCAACAACAACAACAGCAGCAACUGCAAGGUCCGUCCAACCCAAAUCACAUUCCAGCAGUCGGUCAACCAGGUAGCCACUCGGGUCACAUUCCCCCGACAGGUCAACCACCACAGCAACAGCAGCAGAUACCACCGCAGCAGCAGCAACAGCAACAACCGCGACAGCUGCCACAGCAACCAGGUACCGGUCAUCCAGGACACAUGGGUCCAGCUCAGGGUAUGAUGCCGGGAGGUCCGACGCACAUGGGAGCACCUCAGACGUCCUCUGGUCACAUGAUGCCACCACAGGGCGUCAAUCCGAGUCCCAUACCUCAAACCGGUGGCGUGCAGAUUCUGCAUAACGGUCACAUGCUCCAGCGGCAGCAGGUAGUCAUUGGUCAGGGCCCCCCGAAUCAGGUAAUGGCUCAGGGCAUGCCGAGGCAAAUGGGAAUGCCCGGCCAGAUGGGACAGCCGCUCGGCGUCAACAUAUCUAUGCCAGGUCCGGGACAGAUGGUCAUGCCCACGAGCAACGGACCCAUGCCUGGGCAGCCUCAGCAGAUGCAAAGCAUGCCCAGGUCUUACGCGCAGCUGAUGCAGCAGCAUCUCCAACAUCAGCAGCAGUCGCAGAUGCCACCGCAACAGCAACCCAUGCAAAUUCCUAAGCAAGAGGAGGAGCGCAAGUCGCCGGAGACUGCUGAACUAAUUUCUUUCGAUUAAUUUUUAGACCAAUAAAUCAUUAUUAUUUUAUUCCUACGUUCUACGGCUCGAAAUUCGCGUGAUUAUUCUGUUACUGUUUGAGACGUUAUCUUUGUAUUCUCUCUCUUUCAUUUCUUUUUUUUUUUUUUUUUAAUUUUGUUGUUGAUGAGAACGACUACUUGUGCGUUACAGAAGUGCUAUCGAAUAUCUCAUGUUUAUAUACUCGCUCUUGUAAAAGCUAUACGAUUAUCGAUAAUCUGUAAAAUAAAAAGAAUUGUAUAAACA